UUGACAUUUAAGUUGUUUCCAGUCCAUUACUAUUACAAAGAAAGCUGCAAUUACACAGCGACCCUGCCGGCAAGUCAUUUCCCAUGUCUGGAAGUAAAAGUGGUAAAUGACUAGAAGUCGAUAUGCCUGGUCUGAGGGUACAACAAACAGUUGUAAUUUUGAUAGCUCCAGCUAAGUUCUCCAUAGGGCUGUCACCGUUCACGCUCCCACUAGCAAUCAGGAGAAUACCUGCUCCCCUGAAGGCUUGGCCGUGUCCUCGCACCUUGCACCUUGCGGGCUGCGGGCUGGGACGAACCCAGCUGGGAGGCUGGCCGCGGGGGAAACACGGCUCUAGGGGUCUCUCUGGGCCCUCUGCCUCGCUAGGAGCUAGGAGCACAUGUCUUCUCCCAGCUGAGCUCCGAACCCCCUUCCCCCACCCCACCCCCCCAAGGUGCUUGGGGCGGAGGAGAGGCGGUGCUCCCCGCACAAUCCCCUCCGACUUCCAAUGUUCCACGCUCCCGGCCAGAGCCUCCUCGGCUUCGUUUUCCCUCUCCCUCCCCUCUUUCCUCCCCUGCUGCCUCCAUUUCCCUAAGGGAGGGUUCUCCACUUCGCAACACACCCUAGUGGCACGCAAGGGCAAGCUGGGCAGAUCGGCGUAGAAUGGUCUAAGAAAUCACUUCGCCCAGAUGUCCAGGGACAGGCAGAGGUCUGAUGACCAGAGCCUCUUCACUGGCCGUGGUGGUUCUGAUGUGGACCAGCAAGGGCGACCGGCUCCCAAGCCUGAAGAAGAAGAAGAAAGAAAACUUUCUGCCACCCUGCGGAAGAAAAACACCGCACUCUCCAGCAGAACCAGUGCUGAAAGGACUCAGAAGGAACUGGCUGAAGGAAACCUUGAUCCUCCUUCUAACUACAGUGCUCGGCCUAAAGGAGAGCACCUUUAUGAAUGGAGACCAACUAUACUUGGCCCACCGGGUUCUGUCUAUGAGAGUGGGGUGUUUUUCCUGGAUAUCACCUUUUCACCCUAUUAUCCACUUAAGGUAGCAGUGGUUACUUUCUGCACCAGAAACAACAACUGGAGUCCUGCUUGGACUAUUUCAAAGGUUUUGCUGUCACUUUGUUCUCAUUUGACACACGGCGUCCCUCUGGAUCCUGUGGUCUGAAGCAUAGCCGCUCAGUAUUCGACCAACAGAGCAGAACACGAUGGGAGAGCCAGACAGAAGAGCAAGAGCGAGGCGGCGUAAUUCAUAAUUUGUAUGCGGUGUGAAGGAGCCCAAGGAUUCUUCUCGCUGUGCCGCAUAUUUUAUAGCUUUUCCAGGACAGCCUUCUGUGUGUAUGUUGUACUGAUUCUAGCCACUCCCUGUUUUUGUCCUUUGGAGGCUGGAAGACUCCCCCAAGAGAUAAAUGCUGGCCUCAAGAGUAGAACUUUGUAGCUGUAGUUCGGUUUGCCACGCCUACUUGCAAGUCUUGCUUCUUUGGGGUAUCAGAAUGUAUUUUGUGGAGUAUUAGGGAUACUGAUCCUGAAGUCCACCAAAUAUCACAGUGCCUAAUUCAUUAUCUAUAUAAAGUUAUGAAAGUAGCCAGAGAGGACUAGGAAUUAGGUCAUUUCUAUAAAACCCAGAUCUAUUUGAGUGUAUGGUUCAUGCUAUUGUGAAAAAUGUUUUAGCUUUCACUUUGUCAGUUUGUAACAAGAGGCUUUCCUUUUACCCUUUCUAGCUCAGACAGCACCUGAUGGAUCAUCUCAGACACAAUAAACAUGCUCCUGAAAAAAUAAAAAAUAAAGUCUUGGCAGGUGUUACCGCACUUUGGGAUUUUGUCAGUCUGAUAGAUGAAAUAGCUGUUAUUUUAACAUAGUUAUAAUUUAUAGCUCUAUUACUAUGAAUCAAGCAUCUUUUUAUAUAUUCUUCUAUUCUUUUACCAUUUUUUUCCUAUUGGACUAUUAGCUGUUUAUGUAAGGGAAAUUGGCCCUGCAUAAAAGUUCUACAUGUUUUCCCAAUGUGUAUCAUUUUUUUCUCCCUCUCCCCUUUCCCUUUUUUUAAGCAGCUUUAUUGAAAUAAUUCACAUACUGUACAAUUCAUCCAUUUAAGGUAUGCAAUUCAGUAUUUAAAAAAAUAUAUAUCCCAGACUUGUGCAACUAUCACCAAAAUCUAAUUGUGAAGUAUUUUUCUCACCCCAAAAGGAAACCCCAUACCACAUAGAGGUCAUUUCCCAUCUCUGUUUUUCCCAAACUACCCCACCACCCCAGCCCUAGACAACCACUAAUCUAUUUCUGUCACUAUACAUUGGCCAAUUCUGACAUUUCGUGUAAAUGGAAUCACACAAUAGGUGGCUUGGGUAACUUUCUUCUUUCCCUUUGCUUCUAUUCUUUCUCAAACCUGCUCCAGUCUGGAUUUUGUGUUCACUUAUGCUAUCCUUUAAAAGGUAGUUAACUAGGGGUGCCUGGGUGGCUCAAUCCCUUAA